CCCGCGGCCGCGGUGCCCGCACCAGGCCAGAGGCCCCGCAGAGCUGGCGGCUGGAAGCAGUGGUGUUUUGCGCGCUCGGGUCGUGUUGAAGGUUAAGCUGAAACCGCUGCUCAGCUUCCGAGAUGGCACCACCCAAAUUGCAUGUGCUUUUCUGCCUCUGCAGCUGCCUCACACUGGUUCAUCCUUUUGACUGGCAAGACGUAAAUCCUGUUGCCCAUAUUAAAUCAUCAGCAUGGAUCAAUAAAAUACAAACAUUUAUGGCUGCUGCAAACAUUGGCCAAACUAAAAUCCCCAGAGGAAAUGGAUCUUACUCUGUUGGUUGCACAGACUUGAUGUUUGAUUAUUCUGAUGAGGGCACCUUCUUGCGUUUAUAUUACCCGUCCCAAGAUGACGACCAACUUGACACCCUUUGGAUCCCAAACAAAGAGUAUUUUUUGGGUCUUAGUAAAUUUCUUGGAACACACACCCUCAUGGGCAAAAUUUUGGGCUUAUUAUUUGGUUCAAUGACAACUCCUGCAAAUUGGAAUUCCCCUCUAAGGACUGGUGAAAAAUAUCCACUCAUUGUUUUUUCUCAUGGUCUUGGAGCAUUCAGGACAAUUUACUCUGCUAUUGGCAUUGACCUGGCAUCUCAUGGGUUUAUAGUUGCUGCUGUAGAACACAGAGAUGGAUCUGCAUCUGCAACUUACUAUUUUAAGGACCAGUCUGCUGCAGAAAUAGGGAACAGGUCUUGGCUCUACUAUAAAACUCUAAAACAAGAUGAGGAGGAGAUACCUAUACGAAAUGAGCAGGUACGGCAAAGAGCAAAGGAAUGUUCCCAAGCUCUCACUUGGAUUCUUGACGUUGAUCAUGGAAAACCAGUGACGAAUGUAUUAGACUUAGGAUUUGACGUGGAGCAACUAAAGGACUCUAUCGAUAGGAAUAAGAUAGCAGUAAUUGGACAUUCUUUUGGUGGAGCAACAGUGAUUCAGACUCUUAGUGAAGAUCAGAGAUUCAGAUGUGGGAUUGCCCUGGAUGCAUGGAUGCUUCCACUGGAUGAUGAAGUAUAUUCCAGAAUUCCUCAGCCACUCUUUUUUAUCAACUCUGAACGGUUCCAGUAUCCUGCUAAUAUCAUAAAAAUUAAAAAAUGCUUCUUACCUGAUAAGGAAAGAAAAAUGAUUACAAUCAGGGGAUCAGUCCAUCAGAAUUUUGCUGACUUUACCUUUGCAACUGGAAAAAUACUUGGACACCUGUUAACAUUAAAAGGAGAUAUAGAUUCAAAUGUAGCAAUUGAUCUCAGCAACAAAGCUUCAUUAGCAUUCUUACAAAAGCAUUUAGAACUUAACAAAGAUUUUGAUCAGUGGAACUGUCUGAUUGAAGGCGAUGAUGAGAAUCUUAUCCCAGAGACCAACAUUUGACAAACCAAGCAACAUGUCACUCCGCAGAAUGCUACAGGGAUAGACAAAUGGAAUUUAGGUUACCAGGGCUUUUUAGAAAGUCUUGGUUUAAAACUAUCUAAAACAGGGUGUGUGGUUUUAAUGAGUUUUCCCAAAUAACUUGAAUUUUAAAAUGGAGACUAUAAUAGUAAUUGAGGCUUAUACUAACAUUUUUUUUUCUCUUUCAAUGUAAAGGAUGCCAUUUAUAAAAUUCAUACAAGCUUGUAUUUUAAUUUUACUAAAAUGACUUUGAAUGUCAAAAUUGAAAACUUCUCUGAUGUUUUUACAAUACUUUAAUGGACAAAUAUAUUAAAAUGGGUGUAACGUCACUGAAAACCUGUUGCAAUGAUAUAGGACUCUCUAUAAUAGUUAAAAAACAGGUUUCUUGCCUUUUUUUUCUCAACUGUAAGCUGUAGAAUUAAGUUUUAGCAACAUGGGGGUCUAAGUAGGGUUUGGCAAUGUUUCUCUUUGACCUUUUGUCAUGGUUAGAAAGAUUAGCACAUGCUGAUAAUAAAGUUAUUUUAGUGCAGAAGUGAUGAUGUUAUACAAUUUUAACACGCACACUAAAUGGCGAGUGAGCAAGCAUUACGAAUACUGGAGCCAAGGCAGAGACAGUGGGGUGUACAAAGUUGGUAAUUUGUUUGCUUUGUCUCUGAUGCAUUCUACUUACUACAUAAAGGUGCAUUUGGUGUUAGAUCUGUGUAACACAGACCACGGGUUCCAGCUAGAACACUUCAAAUCAGUUAUUCUCCCAAAGGCAGAGUAGGAUAACAAAGGGUACAUUCAGAAUAACUUUUAACUUCACUUUCCAAUUAAUUUUAUUUAAUCAGCUUUUUUUUAUUAUUAUUAUUUGACAGGUAGAGUUAUAGAGUUAUAGAGUGAGAGAGAGAGACAGAGAGAAAGGUCUUCCUUCCAUUGGUUCAGUCCCCAAAAGGCCGCUACGGCCGGCAUUGCACCAAUCCGAAGCCAGGAGCCAGGUGCUUCUUCCUGGUCUCCCAUGCGGGUGCAGGGACCCAAGCACUUGGGCCAUCCUCCACUGCCCUCCCAGGCCAUAGCAGAGAGGUGGACUGGAAGAGGAACAACCAGGACUAGAACCUGGCGCCCAUAUGGGAUGCCGGUGCCACAGAAGGAGGAUUAACUAAGUGAGCCAUGCCGCCAGCCCCUUAAUCAGCAUUUUUAAUUCUAUAAGUAAUAUACCACAAUUAAACUGAAGUAAAAAGAUUGGUUAAAAUUAAUAUAUUUAUUUAAGGGCCAGUGUUGUGGCACAGUGGGUUAAGCCGCUGCCUGUGAUACCAGCAUCUCCUAUGGGCACUGUUUCAAGUCUAGGCUUCUCCACUUCCCAUCCAUCUCCCUGCUAAUUCGCCUGGGAAAGCAGUGGCAAAAGGCCCUGUGGAAAACAAGGAUGGAGUUCCAGACUCCUGGCUUCAGCCUGGCCCAUUCCCUGCCAUUGUGUUCAUUUGGGGAGUGAACCAGUGGAUGGAAGAUCUCUCUUUCUCUAUUCUUCUCGCUCUCUCUCCCUCCUUCCAACUCUGCUUUAUCAAAUAAACCCUUUAUAAAAUUUAUGUAUUUAGCAGAGGCCAUCAUCUUCCAGUAACUUACCAACAUGAUUAAAACAAGGGAAAGAGGAGAAGCACCCAAUACAUGUGCUCCAGACCUUUUAGAAAAACAUGAAGUUGUUCCUUUGGCCACAUUUGUGGGACUCUACAAGAAAGGUGAAAUGUAGACUUCCAGAGAAUGGGUAACGUCUCAAAAGGAAUGCCCCGGAAUGUUAUGAACAAACAAGAGAAGUAACGUGUGACAAGAGAAGUAAUGUGUGCGUGGAGCACAUUAAGCCCUCUCAGAGCCGUGAUAGCUUCCUGAAACAUGUGAAGGAAAAUAAUAGGAUCAGAAAAUGAGGAAAACCAAAAGGGGGUCCCCUGGUUCAGCUGAAGCACCAAUCUGCUCUGCCCAAUAAGCUCGCUUAGUGAGAACCCAUGGAAAGGAGCCUGGGCUGCUGGCACAUAUGCCCUAUGAAUUCAUAGCAUAAUAAAUAAAUUUUAAAAAUUAAAUGAAUUUUAAUGAAGAAUGGGAUGG